AUGCAAGUGCAGGUGAGGGAGCCAGGUGCAAGAGGGUCAUAUCUGAAGGAUUCAGUGAAGUCAGAGAUUUAUAAAAAGCACAAGGAAAACCCGGAGUUGUACACUGUGGAAAGGUUGGCAAAGGAAUACAGUAUUAUGAGGCAGAGGGUGCAUGCGAUUUUGUGGCUCAAGGAGCUUGAGGAAGAGGAGGAGAAGAAGCUUGGAUGCGCGCUCGAUGAUUCUGUCGAGCUCUUGCUUGAUAACUGCCCAGAAUUUUUCAUUUCACAUGAUAGGGAGUUCCAUGUCGCCUCUCUGCCAUAUAAGCCAGAUUUUAAAGUCAUGCCUGAGGGUUGGGAUGGUACCACUGGAGACCCAGAUGAGGUGCAUUAUGAGAUCUCAAUGAAAGAGGAUGAAAUUUUGUACCAGGAGUUUGUUCAGAGGAUGAACUUCAACAAGAUGAAGAUGGCAAAGAAGGUGAAAUGCCACAAAUACAGCAGGAGACGUUCAUCUGGAGGAUGGAAUUUCAUGGUGGAGAAACUAGGUCCCAAAGGAAAACGAGGUAAUGGAGGUGGCUGGAAAUUCAUUAGCAUAGCCGAUGGCUCCAGCAGGCCUUUGAAUGAAUUUGAGAAGAUGUUUGUGAAGAGAGAGACUCCUCGCCGACGGCAAAAGAUCCUCCCAUGA